GGGGUGAAGGAACGAGGCCUGCCGCGGACUGGAGCUGCCUUUUCCCGCCAUUUCCCCCCAAACAGGCCUGCAAAAAACCCGCCUUGCUGGUGCAAUGGGGCUUUCCUGCCAGCCGGCACCGCGUCGCCCAUCCCUCUCCUUCCUGGCGUUUCCGGCAGCCUGCUGUGCAUAUAUAUGCGAUCUACAGUCGGAGCGGCUUGCUUCCCUUUCCUCUCUUUAGUGCAAUUAAGUAUUUGGUGUGUAAAAGGAAGCUGGAAAGUAAGAAGGAAGCACUGCUAAUUCUUUCCAAAGAGCUGGACACAUGUCAGCAAGAGAGAGACCAGUACAAGCUUAUGGCUAAUCAGCUACGGGAGAAGCACCAAUCACUGAAAAAGAAAUACCGGGAACUGAUUUGACAUGUAAACUCCCUUCUUGUAGGACGGGGACCCAUCUCUUCCUCCUGAAAAGAGAAAGCAGGCUAAUCUUGCCCAACUCCUGAGUGAUUCUCGGGAUCGAAAUAAGCAUCUGGGAGAUGAAAUCAAAGAACUUGAGCAGAGGCUGGGAGAAGUCCAAGGGGACAACAAGCUCCUUAGGAUGACAAUAGCUAAACAAAGACUCGGAGAUGAGGAGGUUGGGGCACGCCACUUCGCACCACAUGAACGUGAAGACCUGGUCCAGCAAUUGGAGAAAGCACGAGAACAAAUUGAGACUCUGCAACAUGAUCUUCAAGCAGCAUUGGAUGAACUACAGGAUGUAAAAGAGGAGCGCUCUUCUUACCAAGAUAAGUCUGACAGAUUAAACCAGGAGCUUAACCAUGUUCUUGGAGGACAUGUAAACCGCAUUAUCGAUAUUGAUGCUCUUUGUAUGGAGAACAGAUAUCUUCAUGAGAGAUUAAAGCAAAUUCAAGAAGAGGUCAACAUUCUCAAAUCAAAUAUUGUAAAGUAUAAGAAUGCACUAGAGAGGAGGAAAAAUUCCAAGUCUCACAGCAAGUCAAAUAGCAGUGCACUAACUGGAGUCCUUUCUGCUAAGCAAGUCCAAGAGCUGUUAUCAGAGGACCAUGGAUGCAGCCUGCCAGCCACACCACAGUCCAUUUAUGACCUUAAAUCUUUGGCUACUGCUUUACUGGAGACAAUCCAUGAGAAAAACAUGGUCAUUCAGCAUCAAAGGCAAACCAACAAAAUCUUAGGCAAUCGUGUAGCAGAACUGGAGAAAAAGUUGAGGACUUUAGAAGUUUCUGGUUUGUGGAGUCUUCCAGGCCUGAGCUACAAUGUCUCAGUGGGAUUUGGGAGUGGCAAGGAUACCAUUACAUUCAGUGACCCCGCUAUGCCUAUUAUCCAGAGGUCUCGAUCACCAUUGCUAUCUUUCGGAGAUAAGCCACAGCAGAAGACAGAAGAAGAAACCAGAGAGCGAGAGGAAACCUGCGCCGUGAAAACAGAAUUGACACUCCCAGAGAAAACGGCUGCAGUUUCUGAUGAUUCCUGCACAAACCAAAACAACGGUAACAAAACGAAUCAUUUUCAUCCAUCAUUACCCCAGUUUCCUUCUGAGGAAGACGGUGCAAAUGGGUUUGGGAAUGAAAUCAUUAAGCUGACAGAGGAGCAGGCAGCUGCAGAGCUGGAAGGGAGCAGAGCAGAAUGUUUGACAGAGAGCCAGGCAGCAGGUCAGCCAGAGCUCAGCAGCUCAUCCGAAGGCGAAUCCCCCUUGCCCAGCCCUCCUCCCUUUGACUCCACAGAGCCCUGCAACCUCGGGGAGAACAAACACACAAACGAGAAGCAGGCCGUGGAAGAAGAGACAGGAACCUCGGAAAGGGAGACUGAGAAUCUUUGUGACAAAAAGGAUGAAAGCGGUGACACAGUGAACGCCGAGGAUGAUGAAAAGCAAACUCUCCCAACUCCAGAUUUCAGUGACAUUCCAGAUAAUGUACCUGCAGCUGUGACAGUUACAGACAGCGCUCCUGAUCUGGGCUCACCGUGACUCUUUUUGACCGUGGGAUUGUUUUCAGAAAGGAUGUGUCCCCGGUCUCUUCAAGCUUCUCCCAGCUGCUUCCUUGUUUGUCUGUCGAGAAAGAUCCCCUAACACACACACACACACACAUCCAACACUUUGGUAUGUGCAAACAAACAUACCCUAGAGAAAUGUGAAAAAAAGGAGCAGGACUAAAAUGAUGGCUUUCAGAAUUUUGCCCUCUGCUAUUUGCUGCGAUUAACGUUAUUAGAUAGAGUGACAUAAUUGAGAAUAAUGGGACUUAGCACCCCAUCAUUAUGCUUUAUCACGUCAGUUACAUCUCUGUCUCUUCAGUAUGUAUAAUUUUUGGUGCAGUGCCUGUUUGAAUGUAUCUUAAGAGACUGGAACGUCAGGGGGGGGGGAGUUGCCUUUGGUGAAGCCGGCAGAAUCAGAAAUGGUAAAACAUAAGAGGCUUCAAUGAACAAGCUUUCGGUUUCUCAGGGUGGGGGGUGAUUCUUCCUGGCACACACAGUUUAAUACUAAACAGCAAAUUGCCUUGAUAUAACUGGUGGCUUUACAUACACCGUGUCUGGUCAUCGGAUUAAUUACUUGCAGACACACAAACACACAGCCUAUUUUGCUGUUUCUCUUUUGAAUGAGCUUUUUCCAGUAAGUACUAAGGCACAACAGCGUAUUGACAAGGCUGGCCUUGCUGGCCAUGUAUGCACUACCACCCCUCCCUCUUUCCCUUUAUUCUGUCCCCUCUUCCUUGCAAACUGUGAGCUCUCACUCUCUUCCUCUUCCUUCCCCCCUCUCUCUACUUUGCUGCAACUUCAGUUCUUGACUCAUCUCUCUUACGGCUCACACUUUGGGUUGUAUCAAAUGGAGUUUGUCUGGCCUAGAAAUGGAAGUUGAACUUUGUCCAUGUCAGAAUGACGUCUUUUUGAGCUUAAACCAGGGGAGAGUUGGAAGUCGGAUGCCUUCUCUGCUUUCAUUUGAGCAGCGUUUAAGCUCAAAAGGUACACCUGUGCAGAAGGGAAGUAUAUAUUUUUCUUUCCCUUCUGAUCCAUUAGCCUUGUGGAUAAUAGUUGAAAUUACUCUUUUUUCGUAGCCAUUUUCUCUCUUCAGUUCUUCCCGUGGUGGCAAUCAAUUAGCUUCCAGUGGGAGAGAGUCUUUAGGGCUUCCUGGGCCUGCUGAGCAAAGCUUUCCAUAGCCUGCUUCCACUGAUUCUGAAGUGUUUCCUUGCGGUUCCUGGUAGGACAAUGGCUGUGUAAUAUUUAUUGUGGAUAUUUUGCAGCUGUGGAGCUAAAGGGAAGGCCUGAUUUUUGUGUUUUUUGGUUUGGUUUCCCCCCUCCCCACCCCCAAUAAGAAACAAUCUCAGCAGCUGUAGAGCUUGUCUGGGCCUCCAGCCGUAGAGGCAAUUUUCCUGCUGGCUUGGGAACCUAAUUGCCUGUAAAUGUUCAUUUCUCACUCCCAGAACUUAAAACCAAUGGGAGAGGGGAUUAAUCCAAAUUUAACAAUGGCGUUCAUAAGAAAGGAGGGAAAUCCUUCCUGGUUUGAGCCUUGGUUUUACAAAAUAAAUACCUGCCAGCUGCACAUUGUUACAGGCUGCUUGUUAGCAGGUUCGUGCUGGAAGCAGCGGCAGACCCAAAACUUGAACGUCAGCUCAGCUAGACAGCAAGUGUUGCUUUGACGAAGGGACUCCAAGUGGACAAGCAGAUUGUACCCCAGGCUUGGAACCGGGAGGAACCCUGAAAAGAGCUUCAGAAUCCUCCAGCCAGCUGGAACAAUUACUGGUUCUAACAAAUGUUUAGCUGCUAGAGAAACCCCAUUUGAUCGCUCUCGCUCGCUCUCUGUACAACUUGCUCUUCUUCCAGUACAGCAAGGGAACAAGGAAGUCAUUAGGCGUCUUUCUACAGUAUGUGGAGACUCCUUUUAGGCCAAAGAUUGUGGAACGGUUCCACAUGGACACAGAACAAAUGACAGCGUUUUCAAAGCCGGAGAGUUUUGUUUCAAUCUUUCUUUACUUUUUCAACCCCUUCAGUUUCUCUGUUCCAAGAGGAAAGGGGGGGGGGAGAGAGACUCUGCAGUGUUCCUUUAACACUCCCUUAAUCUUGGGCAUUGCAUCACUCUGCUAUUUGCAUCCCAUUCUUUUUGAGCAACACUGGUUUAUUCCAAAUUAAAUGCUUUUGUCUCUUGCAUUAAUAUGAAAAAAAGUUGAAACCAUUUAUUAGUUUGCAUAAUUUCAUUCCUCAUAGUGCAGUGGAAGAGAAGGGGGAGGAUUACGUUAUCUCUUGGAUUUGUGGUACUGUUGCUUUUAUUGAUAGAGUAGCUGACAAUGUUAUCGACUCGGCACAGCGUUUGUGCUUUUAUUGGUAAAAUAACAGAUAGCCUUAUUGUCUCGAUUUGUUGUUAUAGGAAUGACAAAACUGAUACAGUGGGAAGAGUAAUGAAUAUGCACCAAACUUAUGAAUAUGAAAUUCUGGAAUUUUGCUCAUCAUAAAUAAGACAUUCCACAUCCCAAUGUUCAUUUCAAGAUAUAUAUUUCUUUCUGGUUUUGUCACAGCCUUGAUAAGGGCUACAGCUAAUGCUGAUGAAGUCCUGGUGCAGAAAAAAAUAGCCAAGUAGGGAGGGCAGCUUAACGUAAACAAGUUCACACCAUGAAUGGCCAAUGUUUUGCAUUGCUUUAAAUUAUGGAGUGAGGGCUGCCAUUUGCAUUUUUUAUGUAGCGUCUAGUUUGGAGCCCAGCUGUGCUAGUGGAAAUGUUUGCAUUUGAGCUCAGUAGCUUCCGGUGAGCUGGAAUGAUGCUAUCAUAGGGAGAGAUUGAAUUAAGGUCAUAUAUGUGUAAAAGCAAGUACAAGCCUGAAGAAGCAAGCCAAGUUUUUAAACAAUGCAUGUAACUAUUAAGGUAUUAGUAACAGAUACGCUGCUCCCUAAAAAUAAACAUUCCUCAACCCCGUGAUCUAAAAACUUCAGUAAUCCAAAGAGCAUGGGGUGAUUCAGUGACUACUUACACAGUUGCAAAGAGCGACAGGGGAUACAGCAGGUUAAGUGAUAAUUGAACUUCCCAGACCCAGUCACUAUCCAAAUCCAUGAUGUAGCCAGUUCCCUCUUUUCUUUACUUCCAGUGUCGCCACUCACUGUAACUAUGUGUAAUCUUAUAUCUAGACUUCUGGUGAUACAGAUUUUGGGGGGGAGGGUAUCAGGUAAUGUGAUGGCCCCAUGUUAUAGCUGAAUUCUUGUCAAUAACACUCUUCCUGGUUUACUUUCUCUCCGUUCUUCUGCCCCUUCGAUUCCAAUUUUUGAUUUGCUGGCUUCCUUAACCAUUUAAAGGUCAAGUGGGGCACAUUCCGUUUCUUACGCUUACAGAGAAGAGAAGGCAGACUGAUACAGUGGUGGUACAUCAAAUGACAUCUAGUUUAGACCUAACAGUCCUACGCAUGUUCACUCACAAGUAAGUCUGGUUUCGGUGUUCAGUUGCACCAGAAGCGGCUUAGUCAUGCUGGCCACAUGACCCGGAAAAACUGUCUGCGGACAAACGCCGGCUCCCUCGGCCUGUAAAGCGAGAUGAGCGCCGCAACCCCAGAGUCGUCUGCGACUGGACUUAACUGUCAGGGGUCCUUUACAUUUUUAAGUCCCCCUGUUCUCAAUAGGCCUUACUCCCUACUGUGCUUAUAGCAGCAGCCUUCAGCCUCAAAAACAUUGGCUUGCUUAUCUGAGAGCAGCACAGUUGAUGCUAUUUAUUGCAGAGGCUCUUAUGAGUAUCAGUUGUUGGGACUUAAUUCUUUGCUAUCAAAAACCCUAGGGAGCGUUCCUGUUUGUUUUUGAUUGCCACUUGCACAAGUAUAUUGCAGCUAUAUUCAUUUAGCUGCUGGUUGAAACCAGUACGUGGCCCCAUAAAUUUGCACUUGCAUCUACCGUAUUUUUUGCUCUAUAAAACUCACUUUUUCCCUCCUAAAAAGUAAGGGGAAAUGUGUGUGCGUCUUAUGGAGCGAAUGCAGGAU